AUGUCGCUCCCAUGGGCCAGUGAAGCGGUAAGGUUGUCCGACGUACACAUUAAAUUUACACCGUGUACUUCCCACAAAGCAGAGCUCAAGUUUAUGAUAUACCUAGGCAUUGUUCUAUAUAGCCAACUACUACCCAUCCCAAAUCCCGAUAUCCAUCGUCGAGACAAGAACCCCAUUGCUGUUGACAACAUGGCUUCAUCAAAACCUCAAGAUCGACGACCUCUUGUCAUCUCCGGCCCCUCAGGCGCAGGAAAAGGAACUCUUAUCCAAAAGCUCAUCGACGCACACCCAAACACAUUCAAACUAACAGUCUCUCACACAACCCGGCAGCCACGUCCGGAUGAAACAGACGGUAUAUCCUACCACUUUGUUUCCGUCGAGACAUACAACUCUCUCAAAUCCAACGGAGGUCUGCUAGAAGAUGCAAUGUAUACCGAUGACUUCUACGGAACGAGUAAAGCAGCACUCGAAGAAAUAUUCGAGAGGCAACUCAUCCCUAUUCUUGAUAUCGAGAUGAAUGGCGUGCAACAGGUGAAAAUUAACUCUGAGUUUGACGCCCGCUAUGUUUUUAUUAAACCGCGAGAUCUUGGUGUCCUUGAGCAGAGGCUUCGGGGUCGAGGGACAGAGAGUGAGGAAAAGAUUCAGGCUAGGUUGGAGCGGGCGAGAAGGGAGCUUGAGUUUGCUGAGACUGCGGGUGUUUUUGAUACUGUUAUUGUGAAUGAUGAUUUGGAGAAGGCUUAUGUGCAGCUCGAAAGGUUUAUUUUCGGGUUGGCGUGA